UUUCUACUUCCGGUCAGUUCAGAUGCGGACUGUCCGCAAGAACCAUAAGGACUAAUUUCCUUCCGGUUCAGAUUCUCCAAAUAAAACAAAGUAAAGCCUGCUGUUAAAGUUCAGGAUCAGAAGUCCUGAUCAAACUCAUCGAUUGAAGUCAAGCUUUUACUGUGAAAGAGCAUCAUCGUCAUCAUCAUCAUCAUCAUCAUCAUCAUCAUCAAGCUUCAGUAAUUAUACUUCAUUUAACACGCUUCUGGAUAUGACGUCAUGUACGUGUUUCCGACGGAGUGUUUUCGGUGGGACACCAACAUGGCGCCGGAAGACAGAAUCACACCGAGCCGCGAAAACUGCAUUUAUACACACUGUUACUGUGAGGAAAAUGUUUGGAAACUCUGUGAGUUUGUCAGAACGGAGAGAACUGCUCCACUGGACCAGGUGUUUGCGGUUUUCAUCUCUAAUGAGAACAGAAUGGUUCCUUUGUGGAAGCAGAAGUCGGGACAUGGAGACCAGCCGGUGAUCUGGGAUUACCACGUGGUUCUGCUGCGGGUCAGCGGGCCGGAAGCUCUAGUUUAUGAUCUGGACUCUGUGAUGUCGUUUCCCUGCAGCCUGAAGCUGUAUGCUGCCCACGCCCUGCGCUCUGACCGUGGCAUCAAACCAGCGUACCACAGGAGGCUGCGUGUCGUACCUGCGGACAGUUACUUGAUGAAUUUCGCCUCCGAUCGGUCGCACAUGAAGGACGCCGACGGGUCGUGGAGGAUGCCCCCCCCAUCCUACCCCCCCAUACAAACCACAGACUCUCAGAUGAACCUGGACGACUUCAUCAGCAUGGAGCCCGCCGUCGGCUGGGGGAGCGUCUACAGUCUGCACGAGUUCGUGCAGCGCUACGCCGGGAGCUCCUCCUCGUCAUCAUCGUCGUCAUCUUCGUCUUCAGCAGCAGCAGUAGCGACAUCAUCGUAGCUGUGACAUCAUCGUAGCUGUGACAUCAUCGUAGCUGUGCAGCUGCAGAUGUGAACAGCUUGUUCUUUAAAUGAACUCUCGAUUUCAUGUUUAAAGAUCCUCCAGAUGUGUUUUCAGACAUUUUUAAAAGACUCUACGUCCAAUAAUAAUUUAGUCCGACAUUGUUUUUCCACAAAAAGUUCAGUGACCUCGUUAAACUCUGAGAUCAUCGUCUCCUCCUUCAUGUUCAAACCCAGAAUCUGUGAAUCUGUAACAGUUUUCCUGCUGGACUCCAGAUGUUCCUCCGUCACUGUUAAGUUCAUUCUCAGUGUUCGUGACGUCACACUGUGUCAGUUACAUACUGAACUAUGAUUGGCUCCAAACUAGUUAUGAUGUCAUAAAUCCUGCAGGUACGUCCAGGUGUUAAACUCAGAGAAGAAGAAACAAACAUCCGACUGAAGGAAGAAGAAGAGAAACGCUGAGCAGCAGCUUCAGUCUCUCAGCUCAGAGACGAUUCAUCAACAGAAACUUUGAUGAAAACAAAAUAAAAUCACUUUUUCAAACAGAA